AUGGAAUAUUCAUGCAUUGGAUUAAAUGAUUUACCUGAUGAAAUUCUUAUGAUUAUUUUCAAAAAACUCAACAAUUUUGAUGUACUUUAUUCUUUACAUGGUGUCAAUCAACGACUAAAUCAGAUUAUUCAGGAUCGAAUUUUUACAAGUCGUUUGAUUUGUGUUAAAUGGUUCUCAAAUAAUUUUACUGAUCUAAUUUCUUGUGAUAUGAUCCUUAAUCGAUUUCGUUUACAAAUUUUACCUGAAAUUCAUGAUAAAAUUCAAUGGCUUGAUCUUGAAUCGUCAUCUAUGAAAUAUAUUUUACGUACUGCUCAUUAUCCUAAUUUAUAUGGUCUUGGUCUUUAUAAUAUUAAUGAAGAAUCAGCUCGAUGCCUUUUUACUGGCAUUUUUAUUCUAACUAAUACUGUACAUAUGUAUUUAGAUGAAAUUCUUUCAUCUGGUAUUUUCACAAAUCAGAUUACAACACUUUUCAUUACGAUGGAUAAAAAUAAUAAUUAUGAUGAGAUGUUAUUGUCAGUUGGAAAAAUAUGUGUUUACAUCUUCAAUGUUUUCACACGUCUGAUAGCUUUAACAUUUUAUGAAUCAUCGUAUAGAAAUCCUAUUCGAUUAUGUUUUAAUGAUCCAUUACCUUCUAAUAUAUAUUCUUCAAGUGUUUCGAUAUUAAAUAUCAGAGUACAAUGUUUUGAUGAUUGUCUUUAUCUUCUCGAUGGUCGUUUUAAUCAACUUCAUACGCUCUAUGUUGAUUUGGUUAAUCUUUCUUGUCUAGAUGAAACUGAAAAUCAGGGGAAUUUGCCAAAUCUAAGAUGUUUUUUUCUGUCCUGUAAUUUGCAAACUUUGGAUUAUGAUAAUACAAUCCUACCAUUACUAUAUCGAAUGUCAAAUCUAGAGGUACUUGGUUUAUGUUUUAUGAUCUGUCCUCUUCAGACAAUUAUUGAUGGAAACCAUUUAAAGAGACAUAUUAUUAAUCGUAUGCUACGCUUAAAUCAAUUCACAUUUUAUAUUAGUUCAUUGAUAUCUAUUGAUAAUGAAAUGAAUUUGCCAUCAAGAGAAGAUAUUCAACGCACAUUCAUUGACUUUACAAAUAGUGAAAUUAUUUCUUAUGUGGAUUAUUUUCCAGAGAAAAAAAAAGCUCGAUGUCAUAUUUACUCAUAUCCAUCUUUUAUGCCAUAUUAUAGUUCUAUUACAAAUAAUUUUCCAGGUGGAUUAUUUAAAUAUGUUCGUAUAGUGGCAUUAUACGAUGAAUAUCCUUUUGAACAUGAAUUUUUUCUUCGAAUUGUUCAAUCAUUUCCAUAUAUGCAAGAGUUAUAUGUAGAAAAUCAUAAAUCACAAAAUCAUAAACAAUCUUAUGAAUCAAGCAAUGAUAAUCAAAAUUUAUCUGUUAUUGAAUAUUGUUUUCUUAGUGACCUUCGUAUCAUGAGUGUUCAUGAUGAUUAUAUAAAAGAAUUUCUAUUUAAUACUAAAGCGUCUUUGCCAAAUAAUGUUACUCUUCGUAUCAAAUAUGAAUCUUUACAACGAGUGACACACAAUUUUACAAGAGAUGCUACACGAAUUAAUUGUGCCAAAAUAGAUAGGUUAGAUUUAUAUGGUGAAUCAAAACGUUCAAAUUCUUUACAAGAAUAUUUUCCAAAUGCAGAUAUUACGUUUUAA